AUGGGGAGUAGCAUGUCAUGCGUCCCACAACACAACUUCAGAUACUCCAGCAAGAGCUUCAUACGCCGCAACAGCAGCCGACUGUUCCGGAAAAAGAAUCCGCAGGAGGGGCAGGAGAAGUCCAACAGCAUCAUCAACAUACUUUGCACCGUCACACCAAGGAAGGAAAUGUCACCUAAAGAUCUUGAGAAGAUCGAGAACAUCAAAUGGGACCCGCCGUUUCCUUAUGACCCAGUCAAUGGCUGGAAGAAAAGCAGCAUUAACGUGAAGAACUACGGCAGGCUGAUCCACAGCUCCAAAGUGCGAUUCCGUUUCCUGCACUGCCAGGAUAUACAUGACUGCUACCUGGAUUUGUUCCAAACACACCUUCAUUUUGUCUCCAACAACACGACUGGACUCACCUAUCAGGGGACACUUCCUUUAAAGGAGCUCUCUAUUUCUAAGGUGCAAAAUAGAACCAGCUAUGGGGAGACGCAGGAUUUUGCAUUCCAAAUCAAUGGUGUAGGCCUAAACCCUAUCAUCGUUUACUGCUCAAAUCAGGAGGACAUGGACAACUGGUUUGGUCUGCUAAAGCAAGAAAUCGAGGCCAAUGGCGGCACUGCAAUAGCACCAGAGACUUACGCCAGAAUCAGGGUCCAGAAUUCAGAGCAGUCCACAAAGGGAAAAGAAGAGCUGAGAAACUCCAUCAGUAGAGAGCCAAUCUAUGAAUGGGAGGGCUCCCAGCGGGACAGUCUGGGCCCAAUUCACUUUGUCACCAAAGUUAGACUACAGCACUUACCCUGCCAGGAGCAGUAUGACAGACUGCUAGUGAUGUAUCCUAACAACCUCAUUAUACUGUCUGAGGAAAGCGAUGGUCUGUUCUACAAGGGAAAACUUCCCCUCAACAUGAUUACCAUCACCACUCCAUGCCAGGACGUGAAGCCAAACACCUUUAAGAUUGAAGGAAAACUGAUCAAUCCAAUUGUGGUGUCGUGUCCAAACGCAAGUGAGUUCCGGGAUUGGAUCCAGCACUUCAAAGCAGCAGAUGUUCCCGUCCUCAGCCCACCUCCGCCUGUCUAUGACAUCAUCUACACUCCAACUCAGAGAGAAGUUCCAGAGUUAAAUGUGAGACUGAGCAAGGGUAGCCGAGGAAUCCCGGAUCCUCUGCAGCAGUCGCAGAACGGACGUGGCUCGCAGCAUUCGCACAGUGGACGCGGGUCACAGCAGUCACAGAACCAACAUGGAUCAUGUGAGCUCCAGCUGCCCUACAGCGAUGACAACCCUCUUUCUCCUGGUUACACCGAGCCUCUCUGUUAUAUCUCCAGCAGACCCACCUCCACUGAUACACAGUUCUCAGUGCGACUGGAUAGCAGGAGUAACAGCAUGUCAUCUCAAAACAGGCCUGCACCCUUGCCCCUGAGAUACUCCUCCCCUCAGCGUGUCUCCUACCUGUCCUCAGAGGAACCGGUCUACAAUACUCCCUACUGCGCUGUUCAGCGUAUAACUCCUGUCCAACACAUUCAGAAGGUGCCACUUACAAAGUCUAACAGCUGGAGCACUCCGCAGAGCUCCAUAAAGUACCAGCUUGGUGCUAACCAACGCCACUCAGAAAUGCUGGCCGUCCACAAGCCUCUCUCGCCCCUGUAUGACGACCCCAGCACUCCUGGCAUGUACACACUGGAAGAGGACUCAAAGGUAUCGCACUCCUCACGGGUUUCUAUGGAACAGCGUUGCCCUCCAGCCCUUCCCACAUCCUUCCGCCUGUGCACUCCUCCUCUGGGCCGCAGAAACAAAAGCAAUCCACAACAGGAGCAUAAUGGGAACUAUACAGAGUGGGCUUUGGAGCAACGCGCUCAGGCCGUUUCCAGACUGAAGAUGCUUCCCACCCCCAAAAAUAUGCUACAGCACAACCACAUCACACAGAGAUCUUUCCCAGGCUUUACGGCUUCACUGACACAGGAGUUGGCCUACAGUCUCACCCCAGAUGAUAACUCCUACCUAAAACCAGUGGAACCGGAUGACCAGGAACUCGACUAUGACAACAUUUGGGAGUAUGACUUGACUAACGGAAUGAAUCAAGUCCUGCCUGGAAUUUCACCACACCGGAUUCAGACUGACUUCAGUGGUCAAGGCUGCAGGGCAAUGGAAACACAGCAGAGAUGGUCAUAAAGAAUAACAAUGGGCUAACACCCGUCUGAACUUGUGCACAUAGCUAGCUAAUCUGGGUCUUUACUACACUCUUGCUCUCACUCUCGUGUAUGCGCACACACACACACACACACACACACACACACACACACACACACACACUGGCAUUGAGAGAGGGCUUUACAUGAGGCCCAGCUUUGUCACUAUAUCAUCAUGAUCUCUAGGAAGAACCUUGCAUAGAUUUUGGAGCACUAAGCUCUUUUUCUCACAGAGGUUGCUGUAAAUUAAAUGUAAAUAUCAGUUACAUUUUUAUACUUUUUGAUAUGCGGUUUUGACAAGCAUUACUUUUACUGACUAGGAAAUAAAACUUUUUGUACACCACAUAAAUAUUCAUUAUACAAAACUGACUACACAAGCAAUACAAUGUCCUUUAAGACUCUUAGACUUCAAUACUCC